AUGAAAACUAUUCUAGCCAUAACCGGCCUUAUUUUCUUUCAACCGCUGGAUGCCUUCAUUAACAUGGCGGACGUGGAUUGUGGAAUGUCAGUAGUUCGUAAUGGCAAAAUCGUUAAUGGAAUCGACGCCGAAGAAGCCGAAUUUCCUUGGAUUGUUUCACUUAAGCAGAGGGGUGAACAUUUCUGCGGUGGAGCGCUCAUCAACAGUCGAUGGGCCCUAACGGCCGCCCACUGCGUGCUCAGUCGAAGGGCUUCGCAGAUCCAAGUGAGCGUGGCCGAGCACAACCUGCUCGACGCCAAUAGCCAACACACGAAGCUGUUCCAGGUCACCGAGAUAGUUUUGCAUCCGUCGUACGUGACUCGUCAAUUGGCUGGCGAUAUCGCGCUCAUCAGUUUCGACCAGGACGUUCAAUGGGGCGAUCGUGUUCAACCCGUCUGCCUGCCCAAUCCGGACAAAGAUCCGUUCGCUGGCUUCCUGGCAACUGUGGCCGGAUGGGGCUGGACUGACGAAGUUAAAAACGGUGGAACAAGAGCCAAUGUUCUGCAAAAGGUCGAUGUGCCCAUCUUAGCUAAUGCGGACUGUCAGCAGUGGUACAAAGACGAGAAGAAGUCGUUGAUUAUUGUGGACACGGCCUUGUGUGCCGGAGUGGAAGCCGGUGGCAAGGACGCUUGCCAAGGCGACAGUGGCGGCCCACUGGUCAUCAAGAAAGACGGCCGUCACCAAGUAGUUGGCGUCGUCAGCGCAGGAAUCGGUUGCGCCAGACCUCGGCUGCCCGGCCUCUACACCCGCGUCAAUAACUAUCUCGACUGGAUUUCUCGCACAGUCCGCAAAGAACAAGAAUUAUAA